CUUUAAGUGAUAAACCAUCCCGGAGCCUUCCUUUCGAAAGUUGUUGGAUUCUCAGUAUUUCAUCUUUGGUCUGUAAUCUUAAUAGCAGUAAGGCAGGCGUGUGUCCCCCCUGCCUAUAUACAAUCUCACAUCAUUUCCUGGUUAGCUUCUCACGUAGGAGCUGCUUGCGUAGCGGCCUUCGAAGAACCCGACGGGCCCGAAUAUAAUCUUCGACUCGAGUUCAAUAUCGCUCUCAAUACCAUCCUAAAAAAGACCUCGCUGUCGUCCUCUAUCUGCUAUCGAAGUCAACAUUCUCACUAUCACCCUAAUCUCCUCUCCCACCAUGUCUCCACCCCCUACCAUCUUCAACCCAAAUCAAUGCCCGGAAUGCCCGUUCUUUUCAAACUCUCAGACCGAACGCUCAGCCCACAUGGAUGCCACAUCACACAACGGCUGCUCGAGCUGCAGCGUGUUCCUUGUGAUCGGGGGCCUGGCGAAUCACAUGUGGAACAAGCACUUUGACGAGCCGUGGAACGAUCAUGCGGUUGAGUGGACGGAUAAAGUCAGGUUGCAAAAGAAGGAGGAAAGGGAGAAGGAUGAAAAGGAGAAGGGGGAAAGGGAGAAGAAGGAGGGAGACAAGGCAGGGAAUAAAAGCCACAGUUCUUCGUUGUGAUUAACGUGGUGGGGGGAGUUUAAGAGAGUUCUGGGGGUUCGAAGUGGGUUGAUGUGGUAAGUAGAGAAAGGGGGUGUUAGGGUGGAGAAAGAUGAGAGGUCUGUUGGUCUAUAGUUUCGAGCUCGCAUAUGAGUCAGUGAUAUACCGUAUCCAGUUCACGUUCGCGCUUUGGUAUUUCCUGGAUGCUUUUUCGAGCAUCAUCAUUGCCCCGAAGCCGUGGGGGAGGCCGGGGUAGACUUGGACGGUCACUUGGACGCCUGUUGCUUGCAAUGCAUCA